AUGACGCACCAUUUCGAUCAAUACAUUGGGGAGGACGCCAAGGAAGGUCCAAGCGUGCUCUCUCAAGGUGAUAGAAAGUAUAUUACCAACGGUUUCGAUCUCAAUGCCCCUGCUGCCAUGAGCGGGAAAGUUGGAGAUAAUUCCCCUUCGUAUUUUUCUUCAGGAAUUCAGCCACCAUUACUGUCUUCCCCACCGCCUCAAAGCGACGUGAAUUCAGCUACCCAGACGUCUGAUCUUACUUCCGAUCUCAGUACACGCGAGAAGCCUAAAAGUAGCGCCCAUCCGGAAUUUGAUCUCAAUGUCAAUCCACAGAUGAAUGAUGAUGUUGAAGUUGCUCCUGCGAGGGAGUUUGAACGGCAUGCUCUUUCGGACAUGCAAUCCGGUCCUAACUACCCUCGGGGGUUUGAUUUGAAUAUCCCACCGGGCUCGGAAGGCAAACUUCCGGACAACCUUCGAAGCUAUCACAAGUUGCCAGGAUCUUGGAACCAGGCGUCUCAUUUGCUUUCACCCAUGGUUUUAACCACACAUCUAGAGUAA